AUGUUCGUAUCUGAAGCUAGAGUUCCGGAGGCAGUUCAGUCCAUGGACAGUCUGGUGUUGAAUUACGCCCUUCUUCAUGAAGCUCGAGAAAACCCUGAGUCCGUAUGGAGUGAUUCUGUACCUGUAACGCUUAUCUAUUUUCACUUGAAGAUGUGUGAAGUUGUGCAAAGAGGCUUUCGAGGGGGACAGUCUGCCUACCUGUCCAAGCACACAUAA